UCCAGCACGCGACCGCACAGCGUCGCCUCAUUCCUCACGGUUCACGGACCACGCUCUCGGGGAUCCUAUACACACGGGUGACGGUAGUGGCGGCGGGGUACCCAAAUCGAAACGCAAAAUCCGUAACCCCCUUUUUGCUACCGCUGCCUCAACUGCCGACGACCACUCCGCAGACGAGCCGUGUCCUUUGCGUGGACCGCUUCCCAAAAACAGUUUCGUCCUCUCCCCACUCUAUUCGACAACAUCAACAACAACAACAAGAACUUUUGCUCCUGAAACGAGAGACACGCCUUCCUAAGUUUCGCGUCCUUAUCCCUCUCUCCCCUCUUUCUCUUUCUAUCAACCCCUCCACAUUGCUCUUCGGUGGAUGAUGACGAUGUUGAUGAUGAUGAUGACGACAACGAUAAUGAUGAGGAGGAGAUACAUCGGAGAUCCCUGAGAGAUCACUUCACAGUCGUUCGACUAAACGCAUCCUUUCGGGUCACGGAUCCCUUCACGUGGGCCGCUCUUUUCCACGUGGGGACAUUUCUCGGUUUUCUUCAAGUGAAUUUAUUAACAUCUAUUGAUGAACAUUGGUGUGUUGACAAUUUAGUGUUUAAACGAAAAUUUAAUUAAAUUUCAAGUUUCUUUUGAAAGUUUAAAAAGAAGUUAAUUGUUGAUAAUAAUCCACUUUUUGGAGGUUUCUUCAAAUGUCGAGAGGAUUGGAAAAGUUUUAGAGGAAUUGAAGAAAGUUUCAUAUGUUUCUGAGGACUUUGAUAAGGAGGCUUUUUUUUGUGCUGAGCAGAUUGGAUUGGAAGCAGUAGUGAGAAAGACUCGCUGUGUCAAACGAAAUGCCUCACACGGGUCAAGCUGGAGUUAAUCAAUUGGGGGGUGUUUUCGUGAAUGGCAGACCACUUCCUGACUGUGUGAGGCAAAGAAUUGUUCAACUUGCACUCGUUGGUGUGAGACCUUGCGACAUUUCCCGACAAUUAUUGGUAUCUCACGGUUGCGUCUCGAAAAUUUUAACUAGAUUCUACGAAACAGGAAGCAUUCGUCCUGGAAGCAUUGGCGGCAGCAAAACAAAGCAAGUAGCAACGCCGAGUGUUGUGAAGAAAAUCCUGCGGAUGAAGCAGGAACAUCCAACCAUGUUUGCCUGGGAGAUAAGGGAGGAAUUGGCUCGACAGGGGGCUUGCGAUCCUCAGAGCUUACCUUCCGUGUCUUCGGUGAACCGAAUUCUCCGUGGUGGCGGUUUACAAACUGAACAUCCGGGGAUUGAGGGUGGAUCUUCUACCGCUUACCAACCGCAAAUGCCAUCCAACAUAGGAGGCGUCAGAGAACCUCUUCUUCGUGGAGACUAUCAAUUUUUCUAUCCUGGUGCUUUGGGACCGUUACAUGUUACCACAACUUCCGGAAGUUCCGGAACACCAACAUGGAAUCCAAAUUUUUAUUCAUCUCUUUAUCAAGCUACGACUUUGCACUUGCAUCACAAUUCACAGUCGUCCCUGGAUUCGGAUCGACUGGCAGACAGACAGGAGAGUCAAUCUCAAGUCGAGUUGAAAUCAAGUUCGAGUUCAAUGGCCGGAAGUGACGAUUCCCUCGAUAAAAGUGACUUGGACGACACUGCCGAAUCUCAGGAUCAUUACAAAACUUACCAAAGAUCGCCAAUUAUUCUCGAAUUGGGUCAAAAGGUCGGUAGCGAGCGAAGCGCAUUUGUACGUCAUGGAAUGAUACAAAAAAAUGAAAAUUCCACCUCCCGAAAUCCCUCGUCGCCAAUGGAGAAUAAUUUGAGAAAUCUUCCUGAGAUGGAGCAAAAUCCAAAUGUGAGUCGUAGCGAGGAAAAUCAAUUGCCACCAAGAAAGAAGAAGAAUCCCUAUUCGAUAGAGGAAUUGUUGAAGAAAGACGAGAGCAAGGACAUUUACAAAAGGCCCAGACUACUAAACACUGGAGUUGUCCAGCCCUGUGGUAUUGUCGUUGGUAAGGAUGUCUGAACGGGAGAACUCAAAGUUGUUUGUUAUUAAGUUCGCAAAAUCGCUGGAGGUGUGAAGAAAGAUGGUUAAAAUAAAUCCUGGAGUCUCUUAUUUUUUUAGAUAAUCCCCUCAAUGCCUAAUGCGUUUCGUAUGCAAAAUGCUUCUAUUUGGAGGUUAUGUAAGGCAAAUUUCGGGGUAGGGGAGAAUUUGUGAUAGAACAAGUUUUAUUGUCCUCGUUUGUAUAAGGACAUCUGCCAUUUAUUUAUUCCGCCAUUUUUUAUUUUUAUUAUUAAUAUUGCUUCCACUUUCGGUCCCUCUUUAAACACAGAUUUUGCAAACGCAUUGCAUUCGAAAGUGUAGCGUCAGUCCAUUGUAGAACCACCUUUAAUAAGACUAGUGUUUCCGAGUAAUAAGUAAAGUGGUGGGAGAAUACAAAGUAUAUGAGAUAGAAAAGAACCUCCUUUCUAGUCUUCUUACUCUCAUUAAGGUGUUUCUACAAUUAAAUUUUAUUCUAAUACUAUGUAGGCAAAGGUGGGUCGUUAAAACAUGAAAACUAAUUUUCCACAAUUUGCAUUUUUUUCUCUGUCGCUGUCCAAAAAAUCUCAGAAUAUUUACUUUCUUGAGGGUUACCUUAAUGUUAAAAAAAAUAUUUCUUUGAAUAUAUGGUAAGGAGAUUUAGUUUCCAAUCUGUGUUCUGUCGGUAAAGUAGGUACGGUAAAUUUAUUUCUGUGAACAUGUGGCAAAAAUAUUUUUCCUUCUUCUUUUAUCCACUUUACUGUUGGUGAAUCUAAAUAAUUUGAAUCUAACGAGACAUAUUAUAACUACUGCAAAUUAAAAAAUUUUGAUUCAAUUCUCAUAAGGCGUCCAACCUAUAAGACUAGGCUAACCUUUUUAGACGUACAUAAAAAUUGUCCAAAGUGGAAUUCGUAGUAUAAACUUUCAUAACUAUAAGAAAAAUUAAAUUCCAAAAAGCCUAUACCUAAACCAAAAAACAAUUUUCUAAGAAUUUUUCAUAAUAAAAAAUUAAAUCCCACUAAAAAUGUCAUAAGCAUAAUGUAUAAAUAAUUGUAACUUAAAUUUAGCUCUUAAUUUAGUCUAGUAAGACUAUUUUCUUUAUUAUCAAAAAUUAUAAGAAAAAAUACGAUAAUAUUUUAUGAAAUAUUUUAGAGAUUUUCUGUGACAGUUACAUUUUUCUCAAACUACAAAAAAAAUGUUCAUGAUUCCAAUCUAUGCUCCGUCGGUAAUGUAGAUAAAGGAGGGAAUAUUAAAAUUAAAUUUCAAACAUUUCUUUUAAUUUAAUAAAUAUUGUCAUUACUUCAAAGAAAAGAGUAAAAGAAAAGUCUUGCUUAAUGUAAAAAUAUAAAUUAUAGCAAAAAGAAAAAUAAUUAGAUUAGAAAGUCCAUCGUUGUGAAAUUUUAAAACACCUAGAAAAUAUAAAACGAUGAUAAUUUAAUAAUGACAUUGUGAUAUAAUUGUGCGAGAGUAUUACGUUAAAAGAAAAUUUUUGCAAAAAAGAAUUAUUGAUAUUAAUUUAAAAUUUUCACUAGUGUAAAAG